CGGUUUCAUCCACAUGGAUAUCUUCUUCAGAAGAUCCUGAUAGUUCUUCAUAUGCUGUCAACGGACAGAUCAAUACUUAAAAAACUAUAUCAACAUUAAAAGGCAUGUUGUAGCAAUGGGAAAUGAUUGCUACACCUUCCAGUUCAACAUUUUCCGAUUUAAGGAUGAUGGUUCGUUCGACGGCGACGACAACGUCGGCGCGGCAGCCGCUCAUCAGUCGAAGAAGUCGCGAUUGAGCAACGCAGAGCGGUCGGCCUACUUCUCUAGGAGGGAGUACUCCGUUCCGUUCUCCAAGAAUUUGCUCGUCGCCGAGCCGUCGGGUGACUCGGGUCCAUCAAGCCUCUCGUUUAUGGCCGCUCCGUCGAGAACAGGAAGGCCAUUUUCUCACUUUUUUUCCAAACGCUCAAGCAUCUUUCUAUUAUCAAGGAUGGAGAUGGAAGAGUCAGGAGGAAUUGAUUUACAUAAUUGCAUAUGACAUUCUUUUUGGUCAGAUAUUUCUGAACCCUAUGUUAUUGUGAACAUUCUAAAAUCGGAUUUCAAUUUUGCCUUGCAUGAUCAGAGAAGCAAUACAUGGACCGUGCCAUUCUUUUGCAACCUUCCUGCUUUGGAUCUGGUACCGUCGCUGAGAGAUUGGACCAUUUGCUCCCUUGUUAUGGUGCAGGUAACUUUCGGUCUUCCAUCUGUUGGUGAUUAAAUUUAUAUCCUCUUA